AUGCCGGCAAGAAUUGUGCGUAUCUUUCCGCAGUUCGUGUUCAAGCCAGCAAAAGAUCAGUUGAUCUCUUUUGACGUCGACGAUGAGGCUCUCGUGGUUCACUUCGCAAACGAGUCCUACCAUUUCGCUCAUGCUCCUGAUCAAGAUGACCGUCGGAUAACCUCAAAGGGAGUCAAAAAGAUUGUUACGGUUGAAGCACUCCACCUGCAGGUCUACGACAAGGCCAUCGACGAAUGGACCGGUGAUAACGUUGUCGAUGUGGUGCUCGAUCUCUCAUUAAUCGGUGCUCAAUCGCUCGUAGCUCUCACCACUCUCAUCGAAAAGAUGCGUGCCAAGAAUUACAAAAAACUCGGAUCCUUGUCAAAGAUGAAGCAAAUUCUUCUCAUUGCAGCUACCAUCGCUCUCGCAACUGCUUCGACUUGCCAAUCCCCACAACAUUCGGCAACAACUUUCUCGACUACUGAUGGGUUCUUCCAUUUCCAGACUACCUUCAUUGCUGAGUUUUCUCUCCAAUGUGCCAACAAAUUGAAGGAUCCAGCUUUUUACGCGGUAGUCAACGGAAACACAUAUCAAGUUGCUCAUUCCGAUGAUACAAACAAAUACCAGGUUUCUUUCUCACUUGAACACGAAAAGGCCGGAUCGCAAACGUUCAACAUUGGAAUUUAUGAUGAGGAUGGUUUCGCUGCCUACAAAAACGCUGAGCGAAAUGGCGAUGUCUCCAGUGCGAAGCCCCUUUUUACCAUUCCAUUGAGCCAUCCCGGACUUUCGCGCAAAUCUCCAAUCAGCUGUGAAGCCGUCGCUUUGGCAGCUGCCAUUCUCGCUCUCUACUUUGCCUUCAAUCUCAAAUCCCAAGCUACCGCC